CUUAAAGGAGAAAGAAAAACUUAGUUUGAUGGACCUUAUAACUCAGUUUUUCCCAGAGACAAAAGGACUGAACCUUACAAGAAGGAAUCAGUUCAAAGUGCUGUUCAUCCUUGAUGGACUGGACGAAUGUCGCCUUCCUCUGAAGUUUGACUGUAAUGAGACGUGGCGUGAUGUAUCGUCACCAGCCUCUCUGGAUGUUCUCCUAACGAACCUCAUAAAGGGAAAUCUGCUUCCUUCUGCUCUCGUCUGGAUCACCAGCAGACCAGCAGCUGCCAGUAAGAUUCCUCCUGACUGUAUCGACCGGCUGACAGAGAUACGAGGAUUUAGCGACGCACAAAAGCAAGAGUACUUCAAAAAAAGAUUCAAGGAUGAUAUUCAAGCCAACACAAUCAUAGAUCAUGUUAAACAAUCAAAGAGUCUCUUUAUCAUGUGCCACAUCCCAGUCUUCUGCUGGAUUUCAGCCACUGUUCUCCAGAACAUUCUGGAGGAGAAGAGAAAUAAUGAUGUGAGAAACACUGAUGAGAUCUCUAAAACACUGCAGGAAUCAAACACUGAAGACACUCCCAAGACUCUGACACAAAUGUACACACACUUUCUCCGCUUUCAGAUCCAGCAGAGCCGCCGGAAAUAUGAUGGAGAAUACACACCAGAUGUUUCCUGGGAUAAAGACGCCAUCCUUUCACUGGGGAAACUGGCAUUUCAUCAGCUGGAAAGAAACAACCUGAUCUUCUAUGCCACAGACCUGGAAGCCUGUGGUCUUGACGUCUAUAAGGCAUCAGUGUACUCAGGCAUGUGUACCCAGAUCUUUAAGGAGGAAACAGGGAUCGUUCUUGGUACCAUGUACUGCUUUGUUCACUUGAGCAUUCAAGAGUUUAUUGCAGCCCUUUAUGCACAUCUGUUUCUAGACAUCAACAAGACAAGUGUGUUUGAUCAUGAGUCUACAGAACAGGAAAACAGAAAUGAAACCAUGAUUGAUUUCCUCAAGACUGCAGUGGACAAGGCGCUGGAGAGUGACAAUGGACACCUGGACCUUUUCCUUCGUUUCGUCCUCGGUCUGUCACUCCAGUCCAAUCGACGACUCUUACGAGGUCUGUUGACACAGCGAGACGGCACUGACCGGAGCAACGAGGAGAUAGUUCAACGACUCUUACGAGGUCUGUUGACAAAGAGAGACGGCACUGACCGGAGCAACAAGGAAAUAGUUCAGUACAUUAAAAAGAAAUUAGCAGAUAAUCUUCCUGCAGAGAGAUCCAUCAAUCUGUUCUACUGUCUGAAUGAACUGAACGACCAAACUCUGGUGAAUGAGAUUCAGACCCACCUUAGCAAAGGAAGUCUCUCAUCUGGUGACCUUUCACCUGCCCAGUGGUCUGCUUUAGUCUUUGUGUUGUUGACAUCAGAGGAAGAGCUGGAGGAGUUUGAGCUUCAGAAAUUCAAGAAAUCAGACGAGUGUCUCAUUAGAUUAUUGGCAGUCAUUAAAGCCUCCAGAAGAGCACUGUUAAAUGGUUGUAACUUAACAGACAAAAGCUGUUCAGCUCUGGCUGCAGUUCUUGGAUCAGACACCAAUCUGAAAGAGCUGAACAUGAACAAUAAUAAUCUGCAGGAUUCAGGAGUGAAGCUGCUCUGCACUGGACUGAAGAAUAUAAAGUGUAAAUUGGAGAUACUGAGGUAAGUUGAGCCACAGGAGUCACAUGACUAGAGUGAGGUGCGAUGACUGACAGGACGAUGCCGG